AUGGCCAAGUUGAAUUUCCUUCUUUUGGCUGGCUUCGCCGCCAAGUUGGCUGCAGCCAAGGAUGUCUAUCUCGAUUGGAACGUUACCUGGGUCAAUGCCUCCCCGGAUGGAUAUCAACGGCCCGUCAUUGGUAUCAACAACCAAUGGCCCUGCCCACAGGUUGAUGUCGAGUUUGGCGACCGAGUCAUUGUGGAUGUAUACAAUGGACUGGGAAAUCAGUCGACGGGCAUUCACUGGCACGGUUUCCAUCAAUACCACACCGGUGUCAUGGACGGUUCUACCUCUGUGACUCAAUGUCCUAUCCCUCCGGGCCAGCACAUGCAAUAUCACUUCGAUGCUAACCAAACUGGAACUUAUUGGUAUCACUCGCACAACAUGGGCCAAUACCCGGAUGGAUUCCGUGGUGCCUUCAUCGUUCACGACCCCAAGCCGCCAUUCCAAUACGAUGACGAGUUCACCAUUACUCUCAGUGACUGGUACCACCGCGAAAUGGCCGAUCUCCUCCACGAAUACCAAUCGCAGGAGAACUUGGAAGCCUUCGGUGGUAACGAGCCAGUCCCCAACUCAGCUUUGAUCAAUGACUCCACCAACACCAAGAUCAAGGUUGAGCCCAACAAGACCUACCUUGUGCACAUUAUCUGUGUUGGCAACUGGCCCGGUCACACCUGGGUUCUGGACGGCCACGAGAUGACUGUCGUCGAGGUUGACGGCGUGUACAUCGAGCCCUAUGUUACUGGCAACAAGAUGCUCCGUGUUGCUCCUGGUCAGCGCACCAGUGUCCUCAUCCACACCAAGCCCGAUACUAGCAAGAACUUUGCUAUCUGGGAUACCAUGGAUAUCAACAUGAUGUUCAUCUACGAGAACCGGACUAUUCCUGCCAACUACAACCCCAACGUCACUGCUUGGCUGGUAUAUGACGAGGCAAAGCCCUUGCCCCCUCCACCUGUUCUGUACGAGUUCGACUUUGCGGACGAUGUUGAUUUCGUUCCUCUUGACAAGGAACCUCUGCUCCAGCCCGUCAACAAGCAGAUUAUCAUCGACACUUUCACCACGGAGAUUGAUGGUAUCCGGCGCUUCACCAUUAACAACAAGACAUACAUCCCUCAGGAUGUGCCCACCCUGUACACUGCCAACACCAUUGGCAAGGAUCUGGCGUCAAACCCAGCGGUCUACGGCCAAGUCAACCCCUUCGUGGUGAACUACGGCGACAUCGUCGAGAUCGUCAUCAACAACCACCACAACAACCUGCACCCAUGGCAUCUGCACGGCCACGAGUUCCAAGUGCUCCAGCGGACGGCUGUGGAUGGGGGCUACUUCACCGGUGCCUACCAGAACGUCUCGCAAACUCCCGUCCGCCGUGAUACGAUAAUGGUCCAGAACCAUGGCCACGCUGUGCUGCGCUUCCGCGCGAACAACCCCGGCGUCUGGUUGCUGCACUGCCACGUUGAAUGGCACGUCGAGGCUGGUCUUGUCGCUACAAUCAUCGAAGCUCCCGAGACAUUCCCGGAGUCACAGGAUGCUCCUCCUCAGAGCCACUAUGAUGUUUGUGCAGCUUAUCCCGAUCCUACCAACGGUAAUGCCGCUGGAAAACAGGGUCUGGAUCUGUCCGGCGCCCACACUGAGAUUGAGACUGAUACGUACGGCGCUAUGUAUAACCACAAGGGUGGUGCUCCCGCUGCUCCGUCUUCAGCUGCCCCUGCUCCCUCGCCCUCUGCUCCUGCAUCUGAGCCUGAGAAGCCUAAGACUACUUCCUCGGCGCCGCCUCCACCUGCAGCCACUGCGCCCGGGCAUACUCAGGCACCGCCUCCUGCACAGCCCCCGGCUCCCACGCCCACUCAUACUCGCCCGCCUCCUCACCAACAGCCUGCUCCUGAGGCCCCGGCUCCGGAAGCUCCUAGUCAGCCAGCUCCGGAAACUGCCCAGCAGCCCGCUCCUCAGGCCCCGGCUCCGGAAGCUCCUAGUCAGCCAGCCCCGGAAACUGCCCAGCAGCCCGCUCCUCAAGCUCCUGCUGCCCAAGAACCUGCUCCGCAAGCACCUGCUGCCCAACAGCCAGCUCCCCAGGAGCCCGCUCAAUUGACGCCUGACUACCCUGAGUACCCUGUCGGGGGUGUGCCAGUCUACCCUGUGCCUCUCGCACCACCGCCGCAGGACGAGCCAAUCUACGUGCACCAGCACGAGAGCAACGGUCCCUGGCCUAAGCCUCACACAAACGAGGGCCAUGCCCAAGUUGGAGAUGGCCCAGAUGCUGACUAUGCUCACUCUGAGGAUACCAAGGGUCCAUGGCCCAACCCUCACAGCGACGAGUCCCACGCCCAAAUCGGCGAUGGUCCCGACGGACAGCCCAUCGUUGCCCACAACGAGGAUACCAAGGGCCUCUGGCCUACCCCCUACGAAAACAACGGCUACGUCAAGGACGGCGACUACAUCAUCAAGACUCACGACAAUGGUCCCAAUGAUCUCCCCAAGGGAUACGAGUAUUGGCAGGGGUAUGAGCACCAACAGUAA